AUCCCUUCCCUCUAUUUAAGAUCCCAUUUGGAGACCAUUUUUCAAAGCCAAAAACACACACCAAAGUUACACACACACACACACACACAUAUAUAUAUAUAUAUAUAUCAAAUUGUAUCAAGUUAAAGUAGUAUUGAACAUCAUCCAAAUUUCAAACCAAGAAGUCCAGUUAUUUUCUUCAUUAAUUUCAUGUGCAAAGAUCAAAUGGCAGCUGCAAACACUUUCUCAACAAGGAGUAGUUCGAAGCAGGUCCGGGCAUGGCCAAGAUGCUCAAAGCAGAUAAGAGAGCAGAGGGCAAGGCUUUACAUAAUAUGGAGGUGUACUGUGCUUCUCCUUUGUUGGCAUGAUUGAUCAGCUCACUCAUGAUCACCAUCAGUUGAGAUGAUCAUCCAAGAUGUGAUUUUGCUCAGAUCAAGCUUUUGGCUGAAGGAUUUUGUUUGUGGGGUCCAAAAUUGUUGCUGAUCAUCAAAUUGCAGCAUUAAUGGGUGUCCCUGGGAGUUGUGGUUAAGAGUAGAGUUAAAGCUUUAGUGACUGUAGUAUUUUUUUUGUUUUUUUUUGUUUUUUUGGUUUAUUAGAAGAUAGAAAAAAAAAAAGGCAUGAAGCAGAUGUACAUUUACCAUAUAAACAAAUCUGAUAUUGAUAAUAUCACUCUUUUUUCUCAAAAAGUGUUUGGUAUGGAUCCAUUUUAUAACUUUGAUGCAUUUUACAU